CAAAAGCACAAACACGCUCGCAAAACAAAGGAAGACCGUCCUCAACCGCGGAGGAAGCAGGAAGCUGCCGGCCCUGCUCGGGGCCCGCGGCCGGCUGGGGACGGCGGCAUGGAGUCGGUGGCCCUGUACAGCUUCCAGGCCACGGAGAGCGACGAGCUGGCCUUCAACAAGGGGGACACGCUCAAGAUCCUGAACAUGGAAGACGACCAGAACUGGUACAAGGCCGAGCUGCGGGGUGCCGAGGGCUUCGUCCCCAAGAACUACAUCCGUGUCAAGCCCCACCCGUGGUACUCUGGGAGGAUUUCCCGGCAGCUGGCGGAAGAGAUUCUGAUGAAGCGGAACCACGUGGGAGCCUUCCUGAUCCGUGAGAGUGAGAGCUCCCCAGGGGAGUUCUCCAUCUCCGUGAACUACGGGGACCAGGUGCAGCACUUCAAGGUGCUGCGUGAGGCCUCGGGGAAGUACUUCCUGUGGGAGGAGAAGUUCAACUCCCUGAACGAGCUGGUCGCCUUCUACCGGACCACCACCAUCGCCAAGAAGCGGCAGGUCCUCCUGCGGGACGAGGAGCCCCUGGUCAAGCCACCCCGGGCCUGCUUUGCCCAGGCCCAGUUUGACUUCUCGGCCCAGGACCCUUCCCAGCUCAGCUUCCGCCGUGGGGACAUCAUCGAGGUCCUGGAGCGCCUCGACCCCUGCUGGUGGCGCGGCCGACUCUGCGGGCGCGCAGGCUUCUUCCCGCGGAGCUACGUCCAGCCGGUGCACCUGUGACCAGGGCGGCCUGGGGGGGAGCCGGCAGACCGUUCGUCCAGCAGCCACUAAGGUCCAGAGAGAGGACUCAGGCACCCCCGGCCCAGGGCCUUGGCCUGGAACAUGGGCCUCCUGACUGCCUGACAGGCCUCCUGCGCCUCAUGCCAACUGAGACAGGCCCAGCGCCCCAGAACCCAAGGGCCGAGGGGAGCUCCUGGGCCUCCUGUCGGCCUCUUCCCAUUGGCUGCCAGCCAUGUGAUGUCACAGCGUGCCGGCAGGGCCCGCCCACUCCAGCCAUCAAGCCCCCAUCCCCUGGGAGGGCUGGUUCCACCCACUGGGGACUCAACCCAAGGAACCAAGGGCUGGGUGGGUGGGUUCACCUUGGGCUGGCCACCCACUGGGCUUGCCGGGGCCCCUCCCUCCAAAGGCCCCAGAGGCUGGCUCUGGGGGAGGCGGCCAGGGCCCUGCACACGUGUUGACUUGGAUUCGCUGGACAGACUCAGGUGGAGACUGAUCUCUUGGCAGCCCCAUGGAGACACUGGGCUCCGCGGGGGCACCUGACACCCUUGCCCACCAAAGACGCUGUAGGGAGGGUCUGGAGGCCCUGAGGAAGGGCGGGCAGAGGGGAGAGAAACAGAGGCAGCUGCUCCCUUCCCGCUGGCCCCGCGGGAUGGACAAGUAGCCGCCUGCGAGACGCAGCCACCCUGCUUAUAUUUGUUUGGGCCCAGGUUCUGCCCAGACCGGGCCCUAGGGAGCUACAGGGGGGACUUUGGGCCAGGUGGGAAGCUGGGGCCAGACCUGGGCUCCCAGGUCCAGAACGGGGUGGGCAGCCAAGGUGGGGCCCGGCUUGAGGAAAGGCAGGUGUCCACGAGGAAGGUGCCACCAGCAGGGGUUCUAAGCAGGUUCCCGGGGGCCUUGGGACACAGGCAGACAGAGGGGGCUUGGAAAGGGCUUUGAGUGGAGGAGGUUGAACAGAGAGGGAGACACAGAAGGCUCCCAGCAUCUGGGAGCAGGCGGGGCCAGGGAGGAGCCCUGGAGGGGCUGCUGGGGGGCUCUCCCUCCACCCAGGGCCAGCCUGAGCUCCUCGAGCCUUGGGCUCUGACAGACGGCGCUGCUCCUGACCUGGGCCCGCAACCUCAAAAUGACAACAGCGAAGGAGCACAGGAUGUUCAUCAGAAAUCUCAUUUUUCUUUUCAAUUACAACUACUAUUUUUGAAGUA